GUCUGUCGAUUGUCGUUAAUGUCAUUUUGUGAUAAUCAUUAUCACUUUAUCACUUUAUUUCAGAUUUUUAUUUGUAUUGCUCUAGUUUUUGAAAAAAAAAUCAAAAUCAAUGAUUAUUCAUUCAAAUUUUUGAUAUCUGCAACCAUAUCGUAGAUUAGAACAAAAUGUCAACCAGUAGAAACAGAGAACCAGACAAGGACACAAAGUUCAAUGAUUUCUACACAGAGGUGAAGGAAAUUGAAAAACGAGACUCUGUGCUUACACCAAAACAGCAGAUAGAGAGACUCCUUAGACCAGGUUCAACUUAUUUCAACUUGAAUCCCUUUGAAGUUUUGCAAGUUGAACCAGAAACAUCAAUUGAGGAAAUAAAGAAGAAAUACAGGAGGCUCUCUAUUCUUGUCCAUCCUGAUAAAAACCAAGAUGAUGUAGAACGUGCACAACAAGCCUUUGAAGCAGUCAAUGGAGCUUGGAAAACACUGGAGAGUGAAGAAACUAGAAAAAAAUGUAUGGACAUCAUUGAAGAAGCAGUGGGAAGAACUGACAUAAUGCUUGCAGAGAAGCGAAAAAAAGCUAAAAAAGAGGGGAAAGAUGGCAUUCCAGAAGAUGAUCCUGCUAAAUAUAAACAUGCCAUUUAUGUCCUCACAAUGAAACUCUUUGCAGAUAUGGAACGAAAGAGACGUGAUCUAGCUGAACGGGAUCAGGAAGAAAGAAAAAGGAAAAGAGAAACUGAAAUUGAAGAUGAGGAGAAUGCUAAGGCACAAAAAGAGUGGCAAAAGAAUUUCGAGGAAUCUCGACAGAACAGAGUGAAUAGCUGGCAAACUUUUCAGUCAACAUCGAAAACUAAAGAUAAGAAGAAAAUCAAGACAUUCAAACCACCCAAGAAUAAACCUGAAUCUAGAGAGGUUAAUAAGUAGGACUCUGAGAAAUUUCAGUUAUUAUUAGUCAUAAUGUACGUAUUUUAAGUAUAAAUAAUUUGGGUUCCUGUCAAUUUGAGUUUGACUUUUAUAUGAUCAAAUUGUAAUUGAUUUUUUGGAGCAGAUAUAGCAUGGAGAUGAUGAGAUAUAUAUUUUAUUUUGAAUUU